CAUCUGCACUGAUAAACAAACUAAGAUAAGCUUCUGUUUCGAAAAAGUAAUUCAGUAAUUCAACUGGACGAACAAGAUUGAGAGUGAGCUAUAACUAGACCUAUGCACUCCACAGAGCAAACUUCUUUUUCGGAAUGGAGGGUAUUUUGGUUCUCACUUUGUAAUAAGUCUUGCAUUCUUAACAGAGCCAAGUUAGACAAGAAAGGGUGGGUUGUCCUGCUGAGUCCUGAGGUAGUUUCCUGAAUGGAGCCUGGAGCUGCAUCGAGGAGGACGAGCAGGUUUUCUUCAUAUGAGAGGCUGGUGGCCAUCGGGUUGGCCCUUCUAGCUGUGCUUUCUCCUCUCUAUAUCGACCGGACAACGGUAGAUGAUUCAGAACUUGAUUUGGAGCAGCCUAUUAACUUUGCUUCUUGGCUGCCUCUGCUGCUCUUGGUGUUGAUCUUGGCCCUCACUUUGUCGCUUUACUUGGACCGAAGCUUUACCAGGUUUGAUCCUUACUGGAUUCACAGAGUUGGCGGUUCUUCUAGUGGCAUCACGAUAAUCCUCAUGGUUCUUGCGUUGGUGUUGAAGUUUAAAGCUUCUAUUAGGAACUGGGAGGCUUAGCUCAAAUCUUUUGUAGUACUUGUUUUCUGCCAUGUAAUUUGCUUAUCGCUUUACAGAACAAAGUUCAUGUAUCUUUUUUUAUAUAAAUAAGAAUAAGCAGCUUCUUGUUGAA